UGUGACGGGUGUCGUAGUUCAGGGCCAGGUCCAGCGCGCCGUAGUUACCGCUGGGAGCAAAGGGGCUGUUAGCAGAAGUUCCGCACACUUUCCAUGGCCCGGGCUCGGGUCCUCCUCUGCGCGAUCUGCCUGCUGCGUGUGGCGCAGGCAACCAUCUACUUCCAGGAGGAGUUUCUAGACGGAGAACGCUGGAGGAACCGAUGGGUGCAAUCCACUAAUGACACCCAAUUUGGGUAUUUUAGACUCUCUUCGGGGAAAUUUUACGGCCAUAAAGAGAAAGACAAAGGUCUGCAAACCACUCAAAACAGCCGAUUCUAUGCCAUCUCUGCACGGUUCAAACCGUUUAGCAAUAAAGGGAAGACACUGGUCAUUCAGUACACAGUGAAACACGAGCAGAAGAUGGACUGUGGAGGGGGCUACAUUAAGAUCUUCCCUGCAGAUGUGGAUCAGAAGAACCUGAGCGGAAAGUCCCCGUACUAUAUUAUGUUCGGACCUGAUAUUUGUGGAUUUGAUAUCAAGAAAGUUCAUGUUAUUUUACAAUUCAAGAAUCAGUAUCACUCAAACAAGAAACCUAUCAGGUGUAAGGUUGAUGGCUUUACACACCUCUACACGCUGAUCUUAAGACCAGAUCUCACCUACGAAGUGAAAAUUGAUGGCCAGACGAUUGAAUCUGGCAGUGUUGAGUAUGACUGGAACUUAACUUCACUGAAGAAGUUGGAAAAGUCUCCAGCAGGGUCCAAGGAGAAGGAGGACAAACCCCAGGACUGGGAGAAGCAUUUUCUGGAUGCCAGUGCCAGCAAGCCAAGCGACUGGAACCACGAGCUGGACGGGGACUGGCAGGCAUCGAUGCUGCAGAAGCCUCCGUACCAGGAUGAUCUGAAACCGGAAGGUAUAGAUAAGAACAUUUGGCUCCAUCAAAAGAUGAAAAACACCAAGUAUUUGCUGGAAUACGACCUCUCAGAAUUUGAGAACAUUGGUGCCAUCGGGCUGGAGCUUUGGCAGGUGAGAUCUGGAACCAUCUUUGAUAACUUCCUGAUCACAGAUGAUGAAGAGUAUGCUGAGAAAUUUGGCAAGGCCACCUGGGGCGAAACGAAGGGCCCAGAAAAGGAGAUGGAUGCCAUCCAAGCCAAGGAGGAAAUGAAGAAGGCCCGUGAGGAGGAUGAGGAGGAGCUGCUGAUGGGCAAGUUUGAUGGAAAAGCAAACAACUUCAGAAGAUUUCACAGGAAGGAUGAACUUUAGUCACCCCCCUCCAGAUGAAGGUGACUGGUAAACCUUCUUUCUACUUUAAUAUAUAUUUAAAAACUCAA